AGUUUCAUCAUCCCUUAGAAAGCCUUCUCCAUUUCCUUUUUCCCAGUAAUCCCUUUUCUCUAAAAUAAAAUUUCUAAUUACCAUCUCCACCAUUUCCUCUUCAAAGUUAUAAUCUUUUUCUAAAAAGUAUUUAAACAAACAAUAAAUAAAUAAAAAAUGGCACCUUCACUAAAACUGACACUAACUCUCAUUGUCAUGGUCGCGUUUAUGGUCGUCGCCGCCAUCCCAUCAGCUAGUGCGGCGGAUGCAGCAGCUGCCAAAAACGAUACAGCUGCUGCUGCGGGUGGCAAGAAUGAGACCGCCGCCGAAGCACCCAAGGCAGAAGGAGGUGACUCGCCCGCUGCCAGCCCGACGACAGAUGCCGCCGCCGGAGCCAUGUCUGAGGCCGGAGCCGCUAUGGCCGGAGGAUCAUCUGCCGCUCCUGCACCUGGGCCUGGCCCACACGCCGCAGCCACCGUGUCAUUGCCAAGCAUUUUGGGUUGCACCUUAAUGGCCACAAUUGCAGUUGGGCUCGUUAACUACUAGAUGAAUUUCGACAGCUUCGAAUUGGAUCCAGUAGUUGUUUGCCCCAAAAAAUACGGGUGCCAUUUUUUGUGGUAUAAAUAUAAAAAGGAAGGCCAUUUGAGUAAAACCGGGCAUAAAAAAAAAAACAAAUCGGUAGUCAAUUUGUUUUUUGAAACUUGUAUUUUUCGGGUCUUUUGUUAUGUCAUUUGCUAUCAUUUCUUCUCCUUUUUCUGGUGUUUCCUUUCCUCUUUUCAGGAGUUGGAACUUUGUGAUCCAACGGUCCCAAGUGGCACCGCCUUUGUUUUUUUGUAAUAAUAUAUGAAUCAAUAUAUUUAAAUUUUUGCCAGAUUAUUAUUACCUUAAUAUAUUUUUAGGUAUAUUCUUUGUGAAAAUUAAUUGUUUCUUUUGUUUGGUUUUUCUUUUUUCAUUGUUUAUGGUAUAAUCUUGAUCAUAAUAAUCCAUUUUUUUUUAUUUGUGAACGCGAAGAUAAGAAAAUUAAUCAAAGUGGAUCCUCGACUUGAGUAUUUCUAAAUGUUUGGGGCAACGCAUAUGUAGCUUGGUGAAACAUUUAAGUGCAUCCCUACCUUGUGACAGUAUUUUUCUGAGAGCUAUCAAGUGUUCUCUCUUUUCAUGUGACGCAUGCCUAUCCUUAUCACUUUUUAUUGUUCGGGUGGGUUUUACUUUGCCUUGUACGUUGGUACUUGACAGCCUGUUCGACGAAGAUCGUUUUCUGCACACCUAGCACUCACAUAGGGGCUUCUACUAACUCCCUUUUCUUAAAUUGUGUGAAGGGUCAAUGAAGUCAAGAGGGUCGGGAGCUUUAUCCGUGCACUUGAAAACACAUCCUCAAGUGGCUAUCCCAUCUACGACUGGAUAGUGAGAAGCACUCAUCCUUACCUUUUAAGUUAUUCAAUAUCUCAUGACGAGUAGUCGAGUACAUCUUUCAUAGCCCCUACACUAGCAUCCCCAAACCACAUAUCACCAUAGAGACUAGCAUUUCAAAGUAUAAUGAACUUCGAAUUUUCUUUGUGCAGUGUGGCAUUACUCAAAAAAAUAAGAAAUUUUAUGCACAAAUGCACAUACAAAACCUCCCCCCACAUGCAUGAACAAACAUCACAAUAUAUAAUUAAACAUUGAAGCAUAAUCUACUAAAUUCCACUCAACAAUUUAAAUAGGACAAUGUCCUCAUUGGACCAAGCAAGAGAUAUAGAGUAGAGUAGAACAAAGUUACCAUAUUUGCAGAAGUCAUCCAUGCAGAUCGGCCAGUUCCCUGAUAUUGCUAUUAAUAACGGAGCAAAAAUGAAAAAUGGAGAGACCAAGUACAUCAUCUCUUCGCUUACUGCAAUUACUUAAGAGCUUUGCUCAACGAACUUCUCUUUUUUGGGGACCCUACUCAAAAGAUUGAGCGGGAAGCCAUCAAAACUAGGCGAUAUGCAGAAGGCAAGGCCAUAGUCAACAUCGUGAUGACAUAAGUCGCGACAAUUAGGAAAAUAGGUAUAUCGUUGACUCGUCCCAUUGUCGUAUAAGUGCGAUAAAUACUUAAUGAUCGACCAAAAGUCAAAUGUAUGAUGGUCGAGACGGAAACCCCUCACUUCUCAAAAGUAGGAAAGUGGCCCCACUAAAACUAGUUAAAGCACACAUCGUAUAUCAUCGUGAUCGUGAGGAGCUCUAGGUAAGAGAUGGUCAGUAUACAAAGCCUACAUGGCCACUCCCACACUAUAGUUCCAAUAAUACAAAAGCUAGGAGCUUAACGAAGGACAAACCAACCCAUAACUAGUCACACACGCAUACGAGCUUUGAAUCAUGAUAGAAAAAUAGGUUGCACCCUCAAUCCUUGUAAUCAAAGCACGUAUCCACAAAUCACUAAUAGAGGCACAUGGCCUUCGAUUCACGCAUCAUCACAAUAUGCCACCCUAACUCCAUCCACAAUGCAUACAACGAUAUGGAAUGCUCAAAAGAUAGAAGCAUGUCAAGCAUAAAUAAUGGCGAAAACAAAAAUGCCAUUCAUAC